AUGUUUGGCUGCACAUUGUGCACAACAAGCACAUUCAACUCUGAAAGAGCCCUGAAAACAGCAGGAUAUGAUUCAGUUGGUUUGCUGGUCUAUCAGCUCCCCCUAGUGUUUCUUCUGGAGACCCUGCUGAAGUCUGAGCUGCAGAAAGGCCUGCGUGAGGAGAAGGAGGAGGCUCAAGCCAGAGUGAGACAACUUGAACAGGACCUGCUAGAAAUCACGCAAAAAUCUGUUCUUAAAGAAACCGAACUGGACUGUUUAAAAGACAAGCUGCAGAAGGUGAUUUCUGAGCUGGACAGUCUACAAAUUCAACUGAAGAAUGAGAGAGACGAGAGGGAGCUUUACAAAUCCCACGUGCGCAGUGCCGAGCUGGAAAACACUAAACUCAGUGCAGAGCUGCAGAUGCUGAAGGCAGUGGAGCUGAACAGGGAGGUCACCAUCGCACAGUACCAGGAUGAACUACACAGACUACGCACAGAGAGAGACACACAUCCCACUGAUGCCGGCCUGAAAGAGCAUUUGCGUCAAGCUGAGGAGCAGCUCCAGGCCACGCGGCAGCAGGCAGCCAUGUUGGGUUCUGAGUUACGUGAUGCCUCCGGCGGGCGAGAUCGCACCAUGGCUGAGCUGUACCGUGCCCGUCAGGAGGCUGAAAGCCUACGAGCCCAUUUAGCUGAAGCCCAGGAAGAAUGCAGACAUGCUCAGAAUCAGCUUGACAGGAUGAGAAGCCAGGCAUCACAGGAAGUGGGCAGGGCUGGAGGUGGAGUGGGUGUGGUUUCAGAGCUGGAGGCGGAGCUACAAAAGGAGGUUGAGGAACUAAAGCUGCGUCUGAAUAUGGCUGCAGAGCACUACAAAGAGAAAUACAGAGAGUGCCAACGUUUGCAAAGACAAGUCACCAAACUGACCCAGCAACAGGGGGACUGUAAUAGGAAUGAUGCCUCUACAGAGACCACAAAGGAGUUACACACACCAGAUGCAGAGACGCCUCCCACAGAUCAAUUUCUUGCUGAGAUCAAACCUGCGACACAAAGAGAUACCGGGAGACUGGGAGUUGAAGGUAGACCUGGACAGGAUGGGAUGGAAGAGAAAAAAGAGGAAGAGGAGGAGGAGGAGGAGGAAGAGUGCAGCGUGUCAGUCGAAGCUGAGCUUGCCUGCAUGGAGGAGAAAUGGAGAGAGCAGUGCACCAUCAAUGAAAAUCUGAAACUCCUGCUAGCCAGUGAGGAGCAGCAGUUUAAAACUCAGGUGGCAGAGAAGGACAGAGAGGUGUCAGCGCUGAGGGAGAGUCUUGUGGUGGUGACCAGGGAAAAAGAGAGACUGGAAAAGGAGUUGCGGCAGUGUAUGAACAGAGUGGAGGCAGCAGGGAGUCGGAGGUCAAAGGUCAGAGAGCCAAUGAUGCUGCGUUACCCACUGCCGUAUCCACAAGACCAACCUCCACUUCCACUGGUACCCCAACAACCUGCUGAACUGCAGUAUGGAAACCCCUAUUCAGAGCAAGAGACCCGGGAUGGAGCAGAUGGGGCAUUAUCCCCAGAACAGACCUGCCGGCCCCCUCCUUUGGCUCCACCGCCGUGGGGUGGUCCUGUGGUCUGCAGUCAGCCAUCACGCAGUCUCAGCCCCCCUGAUGGCCUGGAGAAUCCUGCUGAAGAGAGGCCUAAUGGAGGUGAUGGUGAGGCCCCUGCAGUCUGCGAUCAUCAGAGUCUGGAAUCUAAUGAGAGCCAUACCAGCUUCUGCUUUGACACCAGACCUGAUGUUCAUAAGCGGUGUCCCCUGUGUGAGGUGAUCUUCCCGCCGCACUUUGAGCAAAGCAGUUUUGAACGCCACGUGGAGUCUCACUGGAGGGUAUGUCCUGUCUGCAGCGAGCAGUUUCCUCUGGACUGCCAGCAGCAUCUCUACGAAAAGCAUGUGCACACACACUUUGAAGAAAAUGUUCUGAACUUUGACAACUUUGAUUAGAAAGGAAAAUAUUUAUUUGAUUCUGGUUCAAUAUAAAACGCCUCAGGUGAUUCAGGGGCUUCAGUGUCUUUUUUUUUUUUUUUAAACACGCUGAUGUUGUCACUUUGUCGUAACCGCUGCACAACUCGUGCCAGGAGGACUUGCUAUCGGAAUAUUUGAUUUGCACAUAGACGAGCAUUAAUUCAGAUAUUUAAGCUUCUAAGGGACAUAAUACUAUAAUAAUGGUCUUCAGGUGUAAUAGAUAUAUAAAAAAAUUUAAUAAAAAGCACUUUUUAGUUUAAAAUGUUGUGCACUACUGUAAAACUGAUUGCGCUUUAAAAUGAGAGCAGAUAGCUCUAGGUUGUUGUUUAUGAAAAUGUAGACUUCAUUUUAAAGGACUAAUGAUGCAAUGAUUUAUGUUUAUUUAGCCAAAAGGAGAUGGCCAAAAUUAAUAAAGCCAAAUCACUAAAAUUACUCUAAAAUCGUUACCUUGGAGACAUUGAAUGCUUUAUGUGUGAAAAACAGUAACUAAAAGACUAAUUUAAAGGGAUAGUUCACCUAAAAAUGGAAGUUCUGUCACCAUUUAAUCACCCCCAUUUUGUUCUAAAACCAUAUAACAUUCUUCUGUGAAACUAAUUGCUGGUUGUGCUUCAAAUGCAAUUACGAUAAAUGUGGACUGGAGCUUUUAAGUUUCAGAAAAGAUGUAAAAGCUCCAUAAAAAAAUAUCAUAAUAUCUUUUUAAGUUGAGCCAAUUAACUGAAUUAUGGAAGCCUGCUUCUGCCACAGUUUUGAACUCCCAAUUCUGAGAAGAAAAAGAAUUGUGAGAAAAGAAGUUACAAUUAAAUUUUUUUUUUAUCCCGUGGUGGAAACAAGCUUCCAUACGGAAUCAGUUUAAUUUGUGAAUGAAUUGUUUAGUGGCUCAACCAAUUCAUUUAGGAAGCGUGAAAGCUCCAGUCUCCAUUUAUUCUACUAGUAGCUCCUUUAAAUAAUCCAAUUAUUUAAAACAAAUGUUAUUCUGUGUGAUGACAAAACAUUUGUUUUUAAGUGAACUAUUUCUUGAAGCUCAGCAAAAAUGACCAAGUAACUCAAUCCAGAGCCAGUGUGCUAAAUCAAUGGCUGUGCAACUUUUCAGUGCAUCAUUGGUUCAAACAUCUUGCAUCGAACAACUUAAAACAUUUAGUUUCAGCAUUAUAUCCAUCACACAUUCCUGCUUGAAAUCCAUUUAUACAACACAGCUGAUGCUUCCCACUGUAAGUGUGCCAGGAAGUUUAACUUAGGGUUGAUCUGUGGUUGUGUGUAUCAAGUGUAUGUUUAUUAAUAAAGAAUGCUACAGCUCAAGUUCA